CGCCGCUGCCGGAGGAUGAUUCAUCGCUUCUUCCGAUCUUUCUUUCUCCGCAGCGCUUGCUUAUCUAUUUAUCUGUCUACCAAUUCGCUAUCGUACCCUUCGUUUUAUUCCGAUUAUUUUUUUUCUUCUGGACUGCUCUCCGCGUCAAUUAUUCUCCUAGGUUGACUUCCUUUAUUGCGUUCUCUUUAUCUACGUUCGACCUCGUUCAAUUGUCUUUACCCACGACCUCCGGCUCUCCCCCCACCCAUCAGGAAAAAGAGGGGAAAAUUCAAUCCGCAAUGGACGGUAAUCUGCUUGAGAGUCUCCUGGACCUGGAGGAAGAAUUCUAUCAAGAAGGAUUCAACCUGGGCUCCGCAGAUGGCGCCUUGGCUGGCUACACCGAAGGAAGUGUUUUCGCCGUCGAGAAAGGGUUCGAAAAGUUCGUCGAGAUCGGAAGACUGUACGGCAAGGCGUUGGUUUGGGCUCAGCGAGUAGCAGACUCCGACCCGUCGGUCUCUGCCAAGGCCGUUUCGGAGUCGCAAACGGAGGAUGGGACGAGUGACAAUCCGGGCGAAGGAUUGCUGGACCCAUCGCUUUGCAAGGAAAUGCCAAACCUGGUGACGAGCUCCAGACUGGCCAAGAAUCUCGACACGCUGCUCGAAUUAGUCGACCCAGCUUCUCUGCCGAUGGUGAACGACGAGGAGGCCGUCAACGAUGUGGACGAACGCUACAAGGGCGCUGUCAUGAAAGCCAAGCUCAUCCAGCGUUCGCUGGGCGAAAAGGAAGACAAUUCGGAUAUUCACCCGGACGCAAAGGAGACGUCGACUGCAUCUGCAGGUGACGGAACAGGCAGCAUCGAAGACAUCAGCUCGUUAAGUAUUCGCCAUUGAGGACCCUCGUUGCUGCAAGUCUGCACUUACCGUACGACGGAUUGCUCUGCAAGGGAUGUCGCGCUUUUGCCUUGGCAACGGAUCGUUUGCUUUACCAGAUCGGAGUUACUCCGAAUCAUUUGCUCGAUCUGCCAAGUUGCAACUAAACCCCCUCAAGCUAAGACUCUUGAUAGUCCACAGUCUUACUGUGUUGUGGUUAGCUUGGGUGAAUAACUUCAGAUACUCGGGCGAACCGCGAGGCCCGAUCCCUCGCCACGCAUCCCCGCAGCCGAGGUUUUCUAUUGUAUUCCGGAUCGUCCAACCCC